AUAUUUAAUUUGAAACCAAACACAUAACCAAAUACCUUCUCUCUUAUCUUCUAUAUAAACCAACACCUUACAAACACUUAAUACUCACAAAGCAAACCAAAAACAUUACAAAACAAACCAAAAGCAAAUUGUAAUUUCUAUUUCAAUUCUUCCCUAGAGAAACAAUGGCAAGUUUGAGAGUUGCAAUUGUGGCUGCAAUUAUGUGCAUGGUGGUGGUUAGUGCACCAAUGGCAGAGGCAGUCACAUGUGGACAAGUAGUUGGUUUCCUUACUCCAUGUAUUACUUAUCUUCAAGGUGGUCCUGGUCCAUCUGCAGCAUGCUGUGGUGGAGUGAAGAAACUUAACGGUGCCGCCAACACCGGCCCCGCCCGCAAGACUGCUUGCAACUGCUUGAAAAGGGCUGCUGGUAACAUUGCUCGCUUGAAUAACAACCAAGCUGCUGCUCUCCCUGGCAAAUGUGGUGUUAACAUUCCCUAUAAGUUUAGCACUUCUACCAACUGUAAUAGCAUCAGGUUCUAAAGAGUAUGAAUGACUGAGAGAAAGAAGAAGAUAGCAUGGCACUUCUUUCUUCUUCUGUAUUAACAGCACUAUAGCUGGUGAAUUUACUAAUGAGAAUAAAAGAAGGGCAAUGUGGGCUCCACCUCUGCGAGUUUCCUCUUGUUUCAGACUUAUAAUUUGUAGUAAUUAAAAUGAUUUUUUUUUGCCAGUUUGGUUGUUGCAUGUGUAAUAAAUACAUUUGAUAUAAGACUAUUCCAUGCUACUUUUAACAAUUGUAUUA